AGAGAGAGAGAGAGAGAGAGAGAGAGAGAGAGAGAGAGAGAGAGAUGGAAGAGGCGUACCUGAGGCAGUUCGUGAGAAUGACGGAGUCGUGGAACGAUGUGGUUCUUGGUGACUACGCUUGGCGGGCAGCGUUGCCUCAUUUUGCUCAGUCGUGGCUCCGAAACUUCAUCACCGCCACCCUCUUGCUCCUCAUUCCUAGCACCAUCUGGUGCUUCUAUAUCUACCACCUAAAGCCACAUGUCUACUUCCCUAAUGGUCGGAUACCAACAAGCAGGGUCAUGCUAAAGCAAGUAUGGGUGAGCAUGAAGGUUAUGCCUCUCUCCACUCUGUUGCCAGCAGUUGGAGAGUACGUGAUCGAGAUGGGAUGGACAAAGACCUUCGUGAGAGUAGAAGAAGUUGGUUGGCCCAUGCACAUCCUCUACACGACUCUUUAUCUGCUCAUCGCCGACUUCGGACUUUACUGGACACAUAGAUUAAUGCAUGAAAUACGGCCACUCUACAAGUCCUUUCAUGCAACCCAUCACGAAUUUAACAAGGAAGAUACUAUUUCCCCGUUCGCAGGUACAUGUUGAUGAUUUUUGUUAGUG